AAUAUAUCUUUUAUAAAAAAAUAAAACUUAAAUAAAUUAUAAAACUGUUUGCAGAAUACUGAAUAACACAGCAAUACGCCAAUAGGUACAUAAUAAUAAUAUUGAAAUGUAAUUAAAAUUCGGAACAUAUCAAUUUAACUAGGCGAGUGUAUGUUGAAUUGAAUUAAAAAUAUAAAACAAUAAAACGUGGAAAUAUACAACCAUUAUAGUAUUGAACACAAUUAUUUGUGCAUGCUUAAUUCAGUGUAAGAGUACUACUAGGCAGUAAGUAUUAACGUAAGUACCUAAGUCUCUACCUGCACAGUCACUCAGAACGAGUAACGACAGAACACAGAACACUCAGUGUUUACUAUUAAAUUAAUGUAUAGAUAGAUUAUACCUAAACUAAAAUACAGUAUCUGCAUUUUAUAGUCGUAUUGGCUAUUCUGGCUACAUAAAUAAAACUAGUUCCGCUUCUAAAAACAUUUAAAAUAAGGGGUCACUCAAUUUUUUCCAAUGGUAAAAAAACUCGGUAAAAUGUACGUAAAUUUACUUUUUCCCGUUAAUUUUACAGAGUAAAUUUACUGAACUCACAUACCUAAUUAAGUUACCACACGAUUAACCACGAUGCCGUGUUGUUGGACAUAGCUGAACAUUUUUCGUGUACACGGCAAACGUGUAUAGUGAAAACCCGCCUUAACGGUUAUCAUAGUGUUUGAAAUAUAAAAUACGGUUAUCGGUUAUCAAAUAUAAAAAUUAAACGAUAACCGGUUACCGGUUUUCAAAAGUUUUAGGCUCCUGCCGGAGACGAUUACCAACUUUAUUGAUAACGGUUUUAAGCCCUGUUUAAAAUACGUUUUAUUUUAUUUAAUUGUAUAGGUUGGGGGUGCUGGCAAUGGUAAAACAUUGAAAUCUGUUGAAUAUUAUGAUCCCACUCUUGACUCAUGGACACCAGUUGCAGAGAUGUCUACAAACCGUCAAGGUGUUGGUGUAGGAGUCUUGGACGGUCUUAUGUAUGCUAUUGGUGGCUAUGAUGGAACAUUUCUUAAAAGUGUUGAGGUUUAUAGACCAAGUGAUGGAGUUUGGUCUUCUGUAGCUGAUAUGGAAAUAUGCCGAUUUCGCCCUGGAGUAGUGGCAUUAGAUGGUUUAUUGUAUGUGAUGGGCGGAAGAUUUGAUGGAUUUAUCUAUAGUGAUACUGUAGAAAUUUACAACCCCAAAACCAAUACUUGGACAAUGGAGAGAUUUUCGAGAAGUCGUGUGGACAUUUAUGGUGGAGUAGUUGUUGAUAGACCACCAAAUUUUAUUAAUUAAUGAGCAUUAUUGUUGAUAGUGAAU